GGGGGCAGUAAGGAUUGAAUCUCUCAGCGUGUCGGAGGUCAGCGUCCCACCCCCCAGCACCCUCCUCUUGUAGACAUGCCCCCUCCAAGUUGAGACAGGAAACAGGUCUUCUUCCCACGUGACCCAGGCUUUCAGAAAGAAGAGACCCAUCGAGCAGCCUCACAGCAUCCUCCCAGCGCUGAAGAGACCACACCAUGUGCUGCCCCUGGGCUGGGAUCCUGCUCCUCGCCCUGCAGGUGGCGGCUUCCCAAGAGGGGCUGUGGCUGCAGCAAAGCCCAGCAGAGAUCUGGACGACCCCAGGACAGACUGUGGAGCUGAACUGCACUGUUUCACCUGAAGAAGAACUUGUAACCUGGUACAAAGAGCGUCAGGACAGCAGUCUGCAGUGUGUUGUACAGACUGGUAAAUAUUUACCUUCAAAAGGAAGAUACUCAAGGAAAGAGAGCAGCACAAACGAAACAGUCUCUCUAGUCAUCAGCGAUGUACGGGAGGAGGAUUCUGGAGUGUAUUACUGUGCCCUCAAUUUAUACAUAAUCGGCAGCUUCAGGAACAGGACCAGGCUGAUCGUCUCUGAUGCCCCCCAGCCCAGCCUUGUCAUCCUGGCACCUUCCCCCCUGGAGGAUGCUGAGCUCCCAGACCCCGUCCCCCUGCUCUGCCUGCUCUUCCCACAGACUCGGGCCUGGAGAGCAGCAGUUUGGGACCUCGGGGAGGGAUCUCCCAGGCAGAUGGACCCAGCAGCCCUGGAGAGGGAAGGCACGGGGAGCCUGACAAUGGUCCCCAGGGAGAGGUGGGACACAGGGACCCACUGCACCUGCACCGCCAGAGAGGAAGGAACCGGGAGAAACAUCAGCGCUACCGUGGCCAAGGACCUGGGCACCACAUUAAAGGGGCCCUGCUGGGUUGUGCACUGGGUGGGGCUGCCCUGUGUAUGCCUCCUCCUGCUGAUCCAAGUCCUCAUCCUGCUCUCCACCAAGUGCCCCCACACAGCAGGGAGAGCAGCAGUGCCAGGCAGUGACGUGCGCCCACGCCAGAGCCCAGAGACAGAAUAUGCAGCUGUGAGACAUGGCAGCAGAAAUGCUUCUCCGUGACUUUUGUGUUCAAAAGUUCAGCCUUAAAAUAAAAAGUGUGGGGACACGUGUGUGCA